AUGAAUGGUACCCACUCACCCCGCCAACAUGAAGGAGACUUGCUGCAUUCGAUUGUUGAGGAAUUCUUCCGUUCUUUCUUUGAAACUCAUCCAACGUCAAAUUUGAUUCACGCGGACCUUUUAAAUUCCUGCUCUAAAUUCCUCGACUACAUUUCUCUUAUUUACAAGGGUGAAAUCUUUGCGCAUGCUGAGCAGAUAAACGGCAAUCAGCAUAAUGAGAUGUGUGACCCAAUUUCUCUGUUCAAAUAUACCCUAUUGAUGCCCUCUGGGUCUGCUUUUGCGGGCCAAAAUGCGCUGACCUUCAUUGUCUCCUCAGCAAAUAGCCAAAUGGUUUUGGAGCGACUUUCUUCCGAGCUUACCGAAAUUACUUGGACAAAUUUAUUUACUUAUUUCCUGGCCAUAUAUUGCGAUGAUAAUCUGCGGCCAUUCAAUGUUCAUUCAUCUCCUGUUUUUAGGAUCUCCCAAAAUCCUGAUAUCGUUUACAGCUUUUUCCGAAAUGUUUAUGUUCUUGAAACCGCUAAAGUUAUCGUUGACGUGGAACUUGUUUUUUCAAAUUCCACUAUUUCUGCCAACGUGCUAGUGAUACAUCCACAGGCCUUAAAAGAAGGCGGCUUAAAUGCUGGCGUUAUAGGAGAUGACGAGAAAUCCUUCCUUGAUUCCCUUUCUCAUAUGUCGAGUGGCAAAUUUUGGGAACUUUUCCAUUUGAUAUCGACAUCUUUUGGCGUUGGGCUUUGUAAAGCUGUGUUUUCAGAACCUAGAAUUAUUACCAAGGAAGUAAAUAUUUCUUUCUUUAGCAAUCUCACGCUAGACGACCAACUUUCCUUGAGCCUUAUAAGGUCCAUCAUGUCCUCUUUGAUACUAAACCCAAGCACCCUGCAUCAUCUUGCCAAAAUUGUAACCACUUUCCCGUUGGGCUUUGUUUGCGAAAUUCUUGGCCACAUGUUGGGGCUAUUGUCUGAAGAUGCCUCUAAUUUGUGGCUUUUUCUUUUAUUUGCAGAAAAAAUCAAUCCCGUGCCACCGCGGGAUUGCAUGGCCUUCAGAAAUUCGGUUUU